GAAUGAAAGAGAAGAGAUAGUGAGUGUAAAUUAGGAGGUAGAUGAUUUACUGCGCUCGAGUAUUGCACUCCACCUUUCUCAUGGCUUCUAAACCUCACCGUUUACACCAAGUUGCAGGCACAGUGUUACAGAGCUCAACGAAGAGAGCAAGGACGACAAUGAGCACACAAAGUUCUUCGUCUUCUUCGUCUUAUAUCAAAGACGCCUUUACAGAUUACGCUGAUUAUCUCAAUAAACUUAAUGAAAAGCGUGAAAGAUUGGUAAAAGCAAGUCGUGAUGUUACCAUGAACAGCAAAAAGGUCAUAUUUCAAGUUCACAGACUCGGUAAAAAUAACAGAGAAGAAGUUCUUGAGAAGGCAGAAAAGGAUUUAGCAGCUGUCACUGAUCAGUAUAUGUCUCGAUUGAUUAAAGAAUUGCAAGGGAUUGACUUUUGGAAGCUAAGGCGCGCCUACUCUCCUGGGGUACAAGAAUAUGUUGAAGCUGCCACGUUCUGCAAAUUCUGCCGAACAGGGACACUUCUGAAUCUAAAUGAGAUAAACGCUACUCUAUCACCACUUAAUGAUCCAGCUGUUGAGCCUUUUAAAUUAAAUGUCCUUGACUAUCUUUUGGGGCUUGCAGAUUUGACUGGAGAAUUGAUGAGGUUGGCAAUAGGUCGCAUCUCAGAUGGUGAGCCUGAUUUUGCAGAGCGCAUUUGUAGGUUUACACGUGAUAUCUACAGGGAGCUGACCCUUAUCGUCCCACAUAUGGAUGAUAGUUCUGACAUGAAAACCAAAAUGGACACAAUGCUUCAAAGUGUGCUGAAAAUAGAGAAUGCUUGCUUUAGCGUUCAUGUGAGAGGAUCAGAGUAUAUGCCAAUGCUUGGAUCCAAUGAGCCAAAUUCCUUUUUAUUGGGGGUGUCCGAAGUUGAAUUAUAAAGGUAGCUGUCCUGUCCCAGCCUGGAAAUGCUUAGAAGAGAAAUUUUGGUGCUUAUUAACGGAAUGGUGUUGGAUCAAUUGGAAGGGAUUCGAUAUUUCCAAGAGCCUUUCUCUAAAGAAGCCCUUGUCUUGUUUGUUUAGUUUGAGUUGUUUUUGCGAAUAUUUUGUGCAUUCUGUUCAGUCACCUUGAGCGAAACAGAAUAUGCGACUUUUAGAAAGAAAGAAUUUCUUACUGCAGUGUUUCUCAGCAGAAGUCAUUGUGCUGCUAACAUUUGAAUAUGGAAGAAUGAAAGCCUUGUGAUAGGAGUAAAAUUACUCCUAUAUUUCGAGUCGUUUCUACGCA